GUCGUUAGCACUGCGGGCUUAGCCCAUAACACUGUCCUGCUUAGUGGAACAGUUAGAGAAUUCGGCUGUUGGUGUUGUAGCCAAUCAGAAACAUGAGAUGAAGCAAACAGAGUUUCUUCACACACUCGAUGAGAUUCUCUUUGCCAACGUCGACAUCAGCUCUGCCGUCCUCAGCACCUUGUUCAGUCAACUUGCAGCCAACCCAGCCUUCCAAGAUGCACUCAGAGCCGAAAUCUCCCAAUGGACGGAGAAAAUCACCCAGUACAUCUCGAAGCAGGACACCUUGCUCAACUGUGCAAUUAUGGAAAGCAUGCAACUGAUCCCUGCCUUCUCAUUUUCUCUCCCCGACUACACUUCGGUAGUUAUUAAUCCAAAAUCACCCUUACUAGUACAGCAGAGCGAGCAGAGUUUUGGCACCUUGCUGCAUAAUGUAACCAGCAGUGACAUUGCAAGAAUUGUACCCCUUCGAGAUGCUUAGCUAUAGUUGAUGUACCUUGCUCAUUAUUAUGUGGAUGAUCAAGGAUUUGCCACAAUUUUUGUAUGUAGCUCCUCCUUUGCCAUCAAGCAUAUGUGCAACUUUCUAGACCCUCCCGAAUAAUCGAUAAACCC